GAGAAAUGGAGCAGACGGACCAGUGUCUCACAGCACAGAACAGAGAUCAAAUCCUCUUCAAACGGCAGCAUCGCUGAAUAAAUCCUCUGCACUCGGCUUGGAUUAUAAACCCAAUAGAAGAAAGCCUGUCUCCGAACUCUGUGUGCUGGUUCCAUCUCAGAUGUCUCUUUAGAGAGCUGGAAAUGGCGAAUGCAUACAUGCUGCUGGGAAACGAAGGACAAGCCCUGUUCUGCCUCAUAUUGGUUAAUGUUUGGGAGGCAGUUUCUGGGCAGAUUCGCUAUUCGAUUCCUGAGGAAAUGCAGAAAGGCUCUUACGUGGGGAAUAUUGCAAAGGAUCUGGGGCUGGAUAUAAAGGAUCUCUCAGACCGCGGAGUCCGCAUUGUUGGCAGAGGUAGGACUCAGUAUUUUACUUUGAAUAUUAAAAGCGGCCAUUUAUACCCCACGGAAAGAGUAGACAGAGAGCAAAUCUGUGGCCAGCUAGAGACGUGUCUGUUAAAUUUUGAAAUUAUAGUAGAGGACAAAAUGAAGGUUUUCGGAGUUGAAGUUGGAAUCACAGAUAUUAAUGACAAUGCGCCCCGCUUCCAGGAAGAUGAAUUGGAAUUUAGAAUCAGUGAGUUAGCCGCUGUGGGAACCCGAUAUUCUCUUGAGGGGGCGCAGGAUGCAGAUGUGGGAACCAAUUCUGUGCAGGGCUAUUAUCUCAGCAGUAACAAACACUUCUCUCUGGAUGUGCAAACGGGAGCUGACGGGGACAAAUAUGCCGAACUGGUGCUGGAAAAGUCUCUAGACCGGGAAGAACAAGCUGUUCACGAUCUAAUCCUCACAGCCACUGACGGGGGAGAUCCAGUCAGGUCCGGCACUGCGCAGAUCCGCGUUAUUGUCCUUGACGCAAAUGACAAUGCACCAGUUUUCAGUCAGCCUGUCUAUAAAGUGAGUGUUUUGGAAAAUGUGCCCAUCGGGUCUCUGCUGCUGACAGUAAACGCCACAGAUCCCGAUGAAGCGAUGAAUUCGGAGGUCACAUAUUCACUCAGGAAAAUGAAAGACAAAGCGUCUCAGAUAUUCCAGGUGGAUUCUAAAACGGGGAAAAUAUCAACUGUGGGAAACCUGGACUAUGAGGAAGCUGCAUUAUAUGAAAUGGAGGUUCAAGCAAAGGACGUUGGAGACCUCUCGGCCAGGUCUAAAGUUCUGAUAGUUGUUAUUGAUGUCAAUGAUAAUGCUCCUGAAAUUACAGUCACGUCUGCAAUCAAAUCGGUGAGUGAAGACAGCCCUCCAGGGACUGUGAUCGCUCUAAUAAAUUUACACGAUCGAGAUUCAGCGGAGAAUGGAGAGGUCACGUGCUCCAUCCCCAGAAACAUCCCAUUUCGGUUACAGAGAUCAUUCGAUAAUUAUUACAGUUUGGUGACUGACAAACCCCUAGACAGGGAGCAGGUCUUGGAUUACAAUGUAACUGUCACAGCCACAGACCGAGGGACUCCUCCUUUAUC